ACCCAAAAAAAGACGACUUGAAAAAUCCACUACCAAAGAACGAGAGAAGAGAAAGAGGGAGACGAGUGAAACGCCGCCACCAUCUCUGCCGGACCCCGUCGCCGUCGACUAGCCUCCCCUCACCACCGUCGCCACCCUUUUCUAGCAGCCUCACCUCUCCAACAACCGACGCCCAGCAGCCCCCUCUCCAGCCCUCGCCUAGCCUCCGUCGCCGCCGUUUAGAUGUUCUCGCCACCUUUUCCCCUCGUCACUAGCAUAGGUCGAAGGUGACACCCCAUUUUCUCUCGCCCUUGCCAACAACCAGUAACCCUCCCUCCCUAACCCUCAACUUCAAGGACUUGACCUCCAUAUUUAUAGGUGUCCUGGAGUAUCUUCUAUAUAUACUCUAUCAUGUACCCCAUAAUUCAAAGGAGCAAUAUUAUUAUUCUAAUAUUUAACACUUGGCGCCAGAGAUGGGGUGGGAGGAUGAGUUCUCCAUGUUCCUCAAUAUUUGGUGUGAAGUUUGCAGAAGCCGUCUUCGAAACAGGGUUCAGAUUCCAUGGGAGGGCAUCUUCAUGCCCCAUGAUGGGUCAGGCCGGACACAUGAUGCCGGGAUAUAUUGUGAUUGUGGAAGUGUGGGUUUGUACAAUGGGUUCCGAGAUAAGUUCCAUCAGCACCCAAUCAAGAUCAAUGAUGAGUUCACAAAGAUAUGCACCAUGACGGCCAAGGGUAUGUACCCUACGUCUCAAGGGUGUGUUCAUGGGUUUAAUGCUGGGUGGAAAGCCCUUUGCCCGUUUGGAGACGGCCGAGGCGGCGGCCAUACUUUGCAGGCUGCUGGUGGAACAAUCCAAUUCUACGCCCCCGCCGCCGAGGAGUACCCUUGCCGAUAUGACACUGAUCAGAGUAAAGUGAAACUUUUCUCCCAUGUGACCCAGCUGGGCGAACAUAAAACAAUGGUCACCAUGGAGUCCAGAUGCAGAGCCAUAUAAAUAUAUGCAGCACAAUUUUGGGCGGCGAUUCAUUCAUUCGGUCCUUUUUUUGGUUAACAUCUCUUGCAUAUAUGUUUGAAUUUUAAUUCCCAUGGCAUACAUUUCUACUUUUUAAACCCAAAAUUGAUACGGAAUAGUAUACAAUAAUAUUGUUGAAUCAAAAAAUUGACUCCACUCUUAGUACUUCUCGGUCCGCCACUAUAUUAAAUUCCAUAAAAUAUGUAUGGAUUAAAGGAUAUGUUAGGGG